UUAGAACCCAAUACAGACUUGACUGUACCAUCAUCUGCUCCUACAACAACAACAGCCUGCAAUGAUAGCCCCAGUGCCAACUGUUCUCUCUACAACGCCACGGUAAUAUGUGAUCUACAUGGUGCAUAUUACCUAUGGGCAAGGAAACAUUGUCCACUUUUCUGUGGAUUUUGCCACGUUGUUACAUGCAAUGAUAACCCAAGUGCUAACUGUGCUCUUUAUAAUUCAACUGCGAUUUGUGAUGUGAAUGGUGCGUACUAUGCUUGGGCCAGAGAGAAUUGUGCGAAGACGUGUGGAUAUUGUAAAGUUGCACCAACCCAAGGAAACACUAGAUCCACCACUGAAGUUUCUAGUUUUGUUGUCCCUGAAGCUUGUAGAGAUACUUUGAAUUGUAAAGUAUACAAUUCGGCAAAGAUAUGCAACAAAACUGGAAUAUACUUUCCAUGGGCAAAGACGAAUUGUCCGCUGUACUGUGGAUUCUGUCAAGCACCGACAAUUACAGUAGUGUGCCAGGACAAACUUUCUAACUGUGACGAAUAUCAGAGUACUUUAUGUACCGAGCCUCUAUAUCGUUUAUGGAGGGAAGAAAACUGCAGAAAAUUUUGUGGUAUUUGCACAGGGACUGAUUUUGUGAUAGACCCUUCUUCAUUGCUUGGAUGAUAUCUAUAGAAAGAGUU